AAGCCAACUGGAACAAGUAUUACAUCCAGCCCAACCAAUAAUACUGUGUUACGUAACAGUAGCUUGGUGUUAAGCUGCAGAACAGAUGCCAACCCUGCAGCACAUAUUUAUAAGUUUUAUUUUAAUGGUACCUUUAUUGGUGUGAACAACUUGGGUAGGUAUCAUGUCAUAGUUCAAGCAGAUGGAGAGUACACUUGUGUACCUUUAAACACAGUUGGCACAGGUGACAAUGCCACCCUUGCUGUCAUAGCAGUCGGUAAGUAAUAACAGUUUACAAUAAACUUGUUUUUGUUUUUUAACUACCCAAAACUAAAUAAAAUUAAUAUGAAAUUUAACAGGUAUCAAUUAUGGCAAAAUACUGAUUGAAUAAAUUGAUCUUGUAUUUUUAACCGAAAUUAGCCUUUAUGCACAUUAAAGGUAGCACGAACAUGAUUGAAAACCACUUUUUCCUUUAGAUAUACCUCCAUACUCUUAUAUGGUUGUUUUUGAUCAGAAGGAGCACUUAAUGUACUAUUAAUAAUGUCAUGUGCUUUGCAAAGCAAGAUCUAAAAAGCUUAGGGAGACCCCCUUUUUUACUUUUAAAAUCAAUUCCAUGGAAGCAAGAUACUAUUUUAGCCACAGAAAUAAUAACAACUGUUGUGUUACACGUAAGUAUCAAUCCAGCAAUACUACAUUUAUAGCAUAUAGAAGUGUGCUUAAAAAAACUUAUCAUUAUUUUGCCCAUAAUCUGUUUCAGAUGCACCUUUAGUAGAUGUUUUCCCCACUAUGACCUCUGUCCAAGAAGGAAACAAUAUCACAUUGUCGUGUAAUGCAUCUGGGAAACCAGCACCUGUUAUAGCAUGGACAAAAGCUGGCUCAUCACAAGUUCUCUCUCACACUUCUUUGCUGUCAGUUGUCAAUGUAAGCAGAUCUGGGACAGCAGACAACACGAUCCAGUAUCAAUGUAAAGCCAGUAAUGGAGUGGAGACACCUGCUACAGUUACAGUCAAUGUCACUGUUCACUGUGAGUUGCAGUCAGAAUUUCUCUCACCCAUGGAAUUUAUUCUAUUUUUUCAUGAAAUGGCUGUCAUAUUAAAAGUAGAUCUAGCCAUUUGACAGUUUGAUAGUGCAGCACAUAUCCACUUUUCAGUGGGAAUACUGUAUGGAUACUCUAGCACAGAAGGAUAGCAGAGUUACAUUAUUGUAGAACUUAAUAAGCCAGGUUGAUAAUAAGGCCAGAGGAAUGGAAGCCAGGCAUACAGUGUUAAUCCAUCCACAAAACCAACUUCUCAAAUACCUAUUCAAGGAAAGCCACCUGGUGGAGUGUUCACUGCUGAGCAUGAUAUGAUCACACAAGCUGUUGCAUUUUGUAGUCUAAGAAGUUGUUUAUCUAUUAUUUCAAGGAAACCUAGCAAACAAGACUUCAAGUAAAUACACAGCUUUGACUUAUUUUUGUCGAUGAAUUUUGAAUGCAACUAUUAUUAUAACUUAUUAUAUUGAGUAAUGAUCAAUUAAAAGCAGCCUUUGUAGUACAGCUGUAACUUAUUACUGAAUGAGUGUACUGUGAGCAGUUAAAGGAGUGGUAUAAUUUUCAAUUCUAAAGAUUCUCAAUGGGGUUAUUGCAGGGUACCUGUACAUGUUGUAAGUAGUGAGAUGCACAUUGGACUUGAUUCAAACAUUUUGUUCCUGUGAUCUUGGUGUAAUUUUUUUGUUCCCAUAAUCAUGGUGUUGCUUGUUUUAUUUCUACAGUCCCCCCUGAUAUUGACCAUGCCCCAUCAGCUUAUCAAGUUGUAGAAGGAAGUGGGUUGAUCCUGUUCUGUAAUGCCACUGGAAAUCCAAAGCCCAACAUUACUUGGACCAAACAAGGAAACAACAAUGAACUGUCAACAUCAGAGACUCUUACUUUGUCAAAGCUGACAAGAGAAGAUGAUGGAUCUGUUUUUGAAUGUACAGCACAAAACUACAUCACUUCAGUGAAAGCUAUGGCAGUUCUUACUGUUUGGUGUAAGUAUUGGGAGUUUUUUCCUGUCUUCAGCUUACAGUAAAACAGUCAAUAACUUUAAAAAUAUACCCUGCAUGUUCCCGUAUGCUGUAUAUGGGGGAAUGAUGUUCUGUAAAGUAGAAUCUUCUCUCAAAGUGCCUUGUCUUUACCCAGGGGUAUAAACAGAGGGAGGAGGAGUACUUUAAGUCACUUUGUUACAUGUGUGGAACUGGGAUGAUUUAAUUAAUAGGUUCAUUUAAUUCAAUCAGCAAAAACUUCAUACCUUUACUUUCAAAAGGGUUACUCCAGACUUGAUGGCAUCUUCUGUGCUCUUCAGAAUUGAAGAAAGAUAAUUUUUGACCUCGGUAAACAAAUAGAGAAAGAUGUUUUUGUCUUGUAACUAUCGUGGGACAAAGAAAAAAUCCUCAGUCCCUUUGGGGAAUGGAACCUCAGACCUUUGUAUUCCAUGCUCCAAUGCUCUACCACUUCUUUCCUGUGCACAUGAAAAUUGUACAUGUGCGUCUGAUGACCCUGCACCUGAGCAUAUAAAAUUAAUCUGUGCAGUAACAUACAUCUAAGUAUUACUGUUCUAAAAUAACUAUAAUGUUAAUGUAAUUGGCAAAUUUUCAGUUUGAAUUGAUUGUUUCCAACAGGCAAUGGGUAGUAUUGAUAUUUCCAUACAGCUGGGUUCUACUAAAAAGGUCUUAAUAGUAAAAGCUAUUCCUGUGGAAAAUUCAGUUGGGCUUUAAUUGAUAUCUUAAAAUGUGCAUUAUUUAGUCAGUAUUAAUUUUUUAAGGACAUGGUCACCAACAUGAGAUUGAUGUCAUCAAGACGUGCCCAAUGUCGUAGGACUGAAAAAGAAAGAUAACUGUGCAAUUAGAGGACAUUGUUAAGAAAUUUUCAGUUGUAUCCAAAGAGGCAUGCAGGUUGUAUUCUGAAGCACUACUCUGAUCUCUUAUCAAUCAUUUGAAAAUAUUAUUUACAGAUCAACCGAGUGUAACAUCACAGCAGUGUCCCAGUCCCAUAACUGAGGGUGACAAUGUGACACUUCAUUGCAGUGCCAUUGGUAACCCUGUGCCCAAUAUUGCAUGGAUCAGAGCAAGAUCAAGGACAAUACUGACAUACAACAAGACUCUGGUUUCUAGGAGUAUCACGCGCAGUGAGUCUGGCAGAUAUGAGUGCCUUGCUUGGAAUGGAAUUGGAAACAACAGCACCAACUCUUGUUCAAUUGAUGUACAUUGUAAGUGCAUGUAGGAUACCUUACUUUACAAGUGUAAGAUUUAUGUAAAAUGCUAGGAAUUUCAGUUCAUAUGUAAGAUCAUAUUCUUUGAGAUUAUUUAAAUUCAAAGUAAUAAUUAGUUAAAGGAAUAUUAUUUCUUGAUAGAAGAUUUGUACCAUAAAACGUUUCUUUAAUUAGCUUUCAAAAAUUUCAGUGGUCAUUCACAAUUGUUUCCUCUGGUCAACUACAACAUUACUUACAAUAAUAAUUCUUUACAGGUAUUCACACUGUUUCUGCUUUGGUUUAUACUUUAGAGUAUUUACCUACCCCUACCUACUAAAUCUUGACUGAACAUUUCAUUCUCCAUUUGACUGUUUUUACUCACCAACAAAAAUACACUGUAGAACCCUUUGUGAUUCUUUCUUGGGAAGCAUGUAAGUCUAUGGCAAAAUAUACUUGAAUUUUAUUUUCAUAGAUUUACCAAAGGCCUUAGCUCUGUUGACUACUCCAAUUAAUACUACAGUGCUUGGUGAUACUGCUAUGAAGCUUAACUGUAGUACAGAUGUCAACCCUGAUGCUCAUACUCAUCACUUUUACUUUAAUGGCAACCUUACUGGUAACAGUAGCUCUGGUGUGUUUAACAUCAGUGUGAAGGAAGAUGGAGAGUACACCUGUGUUCCUGUUAACAAAGUAGGCACAGGAAGCAAUGCUAGUGUCAGCAUCACUGCCGUUGGUGAGUGUUGAGUCAGAUUGCAGGUUGAAAUAAGUGAUAUUCAAGUCCAAAUCAAUGGUUGUCAAUAUAUUUGAUUGCAUUCUAAGGUACUUUGCACUUUGUUUUUUCUUUCCACUGAGAUUGAAGGAAUACUCCUUUCAAGUUACAUGUGAUUGGUGAAAUGUUUCAGGCAAAUUUAUUCUAAACCAGGUUGGAUUUUUCUCAAGAUACAAACAUUUAGUCAAGAAACUUUUGAAAUAUUUCUGAAUCCAUAAUAAUUGCACCCAUUAUAUUGCACCCUUAAAAGUUGCUAAAAAACAAUUCAUCAAAUCAUCAAAAGUGGCAAACAUUUCUAAAACUUCCAGAUCAGAAAGUGUUUUUCUUUUUUUUAUCCAUUAUUUUACAAUGGUAUAAAAUUAUUUCAUUCUCUCUGUUAUAAAUUUAGUGGCUCCAUCAGUGGAUUUGUCAAGUUCCAUAAUAGUUAUUAAAGAAGGCAAUAACAUUUCAUUGAGCUGUAAUGUAUCUGGUAAACCUGAACCCAGCAUAUCAUGGACAAGAAUUGGUAGUUCAGAUGUUCUCUCCGUUUCAUCAUCACUAACUGUUGUGAAUGUGAGCAGGCCUGGGACGGCAGACAACAUGAUCCAGUAUCAAUGUACAGCUAGUAAUGGAGUGGAGACACCUGCUACAGCUACAGUCAAUGUUACUGUAGAAUGUAAGUGAAAAUUGCAAUGAAGAGGGAAGUUUGUAGAUUUGAAAAGAAAAAUGUGGCUACAAAUGUCUAUUUGAUUUCUUUGCAAGACAUCUGAUUUAGAAUGUAUGAGAUGUGCACGGUAUAUUUGGAAUCCCAAGGCAAUAGUUAUUUCUAAACACUCCAAGAUACUUUACAGUUAUAUUUACUUACAGGGGUGGCUCUUGGGGAGGGGUAUUAUAGGAUGUGCACCCCUUCCCCUCGAGAUGACCUGUGGUUUUCUUUUAUAACAAGGAGGGAAAAAAAGGAAAGAAAAAAUGUGGUUUGUUGCCAUUAAAUUAAAACAUGAGACAAGCUUUAAGAAUUUGUGUAAAAUGCAAGGAAAAUAGUAGUUUGGCCCUGAAGUUUGAGCUUUAGCCCUUCCUUUUUGCCAUAGUAGACAUCAGUUCUGUCAUUUCUAAGUGGUGCCCCCUCUCCUAAGAAAUGUCCUUGCUCUGCCUCUGACUUAAUUUUGGAAAUAAAUGCAUCUACAAAGAAGAGGUAUGAAGAGGGGAUGGUUGAAGAAAACAAAUUUGCUGUGAAAUUCUGCCCUCUUUGAGUCACUGAACACGUGAAAUGCUGUAUAAAGGAAAAUAAUAUACUCUCUUGAUGAUAUUUUGGGUGUAAGGUAAGUGUGAGUUCUUACAGGUUGCUUUGCAAAAUAAAACAUAUGAUGUUCUAGCAAUCAUGCAUGAAACAAAUCUCAAAUAGUCUCCAUGAUAUUUGUCUCUACAGUCCCCCCUGAUAUUGACCAUGCCCCAUCAGCUUAUCAAGUUGUAGAAGGAAGUGGGUUGAUCCUGUUCUGUAAUGCCACUGGAAAUCCAAAGCCCAACAUUACUUGGACCAAACAAGGAAACAACAGUGAACUGUCCACAUCAGAGAGACUUACCAUAACAAAUGUUUUGAGAGAAGAUGACCAGUCUGUUUACAAAUGCGUAGCAGCAAAUUCAUUGGGAUUAACACAAGUUACUCCCAAAGUCACUGUCCUCUGUAAGUUUUAUAUGGUGCUAAUGUGCUGAACAUACAUUUGUUUUACUGUAAAGACUUGUUUAUAAGCCACACCUUUUUUUUUUAAGUUUUGGGCCAAAAAUUGCGGGUGUGGCUUAUACAGGAGAGCAUUAUUUGCCUCUGGUGUCCUGACUUCCCCUGCGUGGUUACCAAGCAAACAUUUUGCAUUGUUCUCCUGUGCUUUUUUUUUUCUAAUUCCAUUGUUUUCAUUUGAGCCAUGGGCUUUAGCAAUGAAGACAACUGUUGUCAGUCACAGGGAAUAAGAAAAACAAUUAAAGAAAAGCUUUUAAAAGGUUUUUUCAGAGUUGGUUAACUUACUAAUGAUGCUGCAAGUGCACAACAUUAGAUUUCAAGUCAAGUUUAUUGUCAACAUUUGGAACAAAUGACCAACAUUUUUUACAAGAGUGCUUUUUUGGAGGUCUUUUUUUCCCAAAAUCAUACUUGAAAGUUAGGGGUGCAACUAAUACACAAAUUUUUACAGUAUUCUUGUUUUUACUUGAUAAUGAUUAUACAGGCUCGUGCAAACUCCUCUCCAUUUUUUCCCUCUCAGUUGAGCCACUUAGAUUUUCUGGCUCUUACUUGGUGUAGAAGACACAGUAUAUGUCACAACAGAAUUCAUCACAACUGGGAAUAAGAAAACCAGGGAAAACAAUAGUGUGAUGUAUACUGUGUCUUCUACACCAAAUAGGGGCUGAUUUUCUCGAGUGUUUUGUAGUGUUCUGAUAAUAAUUAUGUCAUGGUAUAACAAGGCCAGUUACCAGUGGGUACAUAUGCUUAUUAUUAAUUAAAGUAACUCUAAAGAAUAGAUUGAAUGAUCCAUGAUGAUAUCAUCACUCACUGACUUGUCCAAGCAACAGUACAAAUAUGAAACCAAGAGAUAGAGAAUAUUUUUUGUUUGCAUGAAUUCUUUAUUUAAAGCUAAUUUAAGGAUUUUUAUUGCCAUUGUUUUUCUUAUAGUGAUAGUGAUGCUGAGGUAAUACUACUCUGUAAUAUAUAGAUAAACAUGUCUUUGCAGAUCCACCACAGCCUUUUAUACAACAUUGCCCCAGUCCAGUUACUGAAGGAGAUAAUGUGACAUUAUACUGCAAUGGAACUGGUAAUCCAUCACCUCAAAUAGCCUGGAUAAAGUCUGGAAAGGUUCUGGUGACAGACAGUGUUUAUGUUAUAAGAGAAAUUGACAGAGGUCAGGCUGGAAUAUACCAGUGUGUGGUUUGGAAUGGAAUCAUGAGAAAUGUGACUUCGAACUGUAGCAUUGAUGUUCACUGUAAGUUAAUUGAGUACCUUGAGUUUAAUAGCAGAGUCUCUUUCUUUACAUAUACUUGGCUGAAUGUUAACCUUUGCCAGUGUUCAAACACUCAUUUUUUAUUUGAUUUUGCACUGUAUGUUAAUUGACUACCUUGAAUUUAAUAGUAUAGUCUAUUUCUGUUCAUAUAUUUGGCUGAAUGUUAAACUUUUGCCAGUGUUCAAACACUCAUUUUUUAUUUGAUUUUGCACUGUAAGUUAAUUUACUACCUGGAAUAUAUAUGUACAGUGAAACUCUGCCAACUGACAUCUGAUUUUGAUAAGGAAACUCUGGACACUCUUCUUGGUCUAGGGAAUGUUUACUUUGCAGGGUAUCAACUACAGGUAUUAAGACCCCAUCUGGGAAAUUAAGGUCUCUGAUGUCAAUAGAGUACUUUCAUGCCUUGCCUUAUUUAUUUAUUUACUUACUUGUCUUUGCAUUCUAAAGUGUAUAACAACCCAAUAUACUGUAAGUAUUAUUAAUUAUUCAUGUCACUACUGAGCUCUAUUUGUUUGUUAUUAAUUUUUAAGUGUUUUUUACCUUAUUGUUAUUUCCACAUGUUUUUCAUAUAUAUGUACUCUGUUUUUUAAGGCAAAUACAUGUAAAUAGUUGGUUUAUUGUUGUUGUUUUGUUUAGCCAUUCUUGUACUAUACAUAAUUAUGUAUAGUCUAAAUGUUUGAUUUUAGUUUUAAUCUGCACAAUUAUUCUUAUUCAGAUCCAUCUUUGAUUGAGUCUGCCCCAGUUAGUCAAGUUGUCUUUGAAGGAAACAACUUGACUUUACAUUGCAAUGCAAGUGGCAAUCCUACACCAAACAUCACCUGGACUAAAGAAGACAGUCCAUCAGUGCUCUAUCAAGGAAUUACAUACAGCAUUGUGGACAUAGACAGAAAUGCUGCGGGGAAUUACACUUGUACAGCUUGGAAUGGAGUUGGAGGACAAAAGAAAGCUAUUGCUGAUCAGUUGCAAGAUCCAGGGGUACAAAUGCGUAACAUUAGGGAAAAACUAGCAACUUCAUAAAAUUACCAAAAAAUCAUCAAAACAUAGAUUAUUCAUAAACUUUUAUUGUAAGAACUACUUUUUGAGAAAAUAUUUGAUGUUAUCUGUUAAAUUAUCCUCAUUACUUAAUACCCAGAAUGCAUAGCAGGCGUGGUCAUAUAUUCUAUUUACACAUUUGCAGGCUUAAAUUCACGAUUCUGUUUAGAAAUAACACAGUUUUAUUUACAUAACUAAAAAGAAGACAUAAUUUCCUCAUGCUGGUUGGGUAAAAGCUGGAAUAAUACAUUUCUACGCCUAUUUAAUUUCUUGAGUUCUCCACAGAUAGUCCUGACAGUGUUUGCAUACACAAUAGCUUGUUUAUUGUCAAGCUUGUAGGUCAUGUCUAUAAUAUUGUCCCUUAGGAAAAAGUUACCCUUGAAGACAAAGGAACCUUUCUGAUAAGCAGCACUAUAGUCAUCAACUUCAUCUUCACCCAAAAUUAUGGCACCACUGCUUGUAACUUUGAAGAGGUAGUAAUCAUAUAUGGCGUCAUCAGCUGCUGCAAUGGCGACAGUACUUCCUUCUUCAACAAGAUCAGUGAGUGCAUUGACUGUUUUACUGACAUUGACUGAGUCUUGAUUCUGCCUUGUGACUGCAACAUCUCCUUCUCUUGACAUCUCAACCUCUCUCCACUUAUCAACAUACUCCUCAUUUUCACAGUCCAUGUCAGUUAAACAACCAAUGCACAUACAGCUUCUUAGCCUUGUCUUCACCUUACAUUGCUGAGAAGUUGUUUUUACAGAGUGGAUUUUUCUAAUCCCUUUUAGCUCUUUAAAAGUGCGGCCAAUUCUGUUUCUGUCAACAGCUCCUUCUCCAUUUAGUGGAAUGUAGAAGUAUACUCUCUUGUUUAAGGUGGUUUUGCUGUUGGUUGAAGAUGGCAAAGAGAACUUGUCCUUCAGAUACUCAUAGAGCUCCUUUGCAGACUUGAUGGAUGCUUCUCUUCGAAUCACAGCAAGAGUAGCACGUUGUUUGACAUUAGCACCUGCUGCAUCUUGCUCUCCUUUUGCAUGAGAGGUUUCAAAGAAAUGCCGGUCCACCUGACACCCAAAGUCAGACAAAGAACAUGACAAAUCACCAAAAGUGUGCUUAGAUUUGUAUUGUCCAGCACACCCAUCAGUGAAUUCAUGAACUUUGUCUACUUUCACUUUGACCUCAUUCCUAAGGUACGUCAGUAUUAGGCCUUGGGUGUGGUGUACAAAAUGGUAGUCUUGAGUGUUGUCUUCUGAAAGGGCAAAGAUGUGCUCUUUGAUGAGGACAGGGUCUUGUUCUGUACUUGCUUUGCCAUCAAUGUCAAUAUCAGCAUGGCGAUAGACAAUUGACACAUGAAUGCUGACUUUCACAGGAUCGAAAUACUCUGAUUGAAUUUCAUCUUGUGAUCUGCAAGUGUAAUUCUCAGAAAAAUCAUGCACACAGAUGAUAUGGUUGAGAGGCAGGUUUGUCAUUAAAUGAUCAAACUGUUCUUUUUGCCAUUUGGCCAUAAAUGAAUGGUAGGGAUAAUCUUUCAGGAGUUGCUGGAAAUAGUCAAACAUCUCUUUGACAGGAGUUUCUUUUUGGACCAAGUGGAUUUUCCUUUUUCCUCGCCAUUGUUAUCUUUGUACGUUAUGUAUUCAUAUCGUUUCCACUUGACUUCAGUUUCAGACAUUUCUUCAGCUGCUGUCUUGAAGUUCUUCACCCCACACUUGUCACAGCUCCUUGUCAGGCAGUCUAGAGAGGAAUAGCUGGAGUCUUCUGGCUUUUCACACAAUGUGGAUUCCACAGCUUCAGUGAGAAAAUUAAAGGCUUGAACUUCAUUAUUUUGUAUGGAUUUUCGAUAUUUCAUGCAAGAAUCAAAUACAAUUUUGCAUUCUACAUGCUUCCUACUCAAGCAAGAUUGUCUAUCUCUCUCUCUAGCUCCAGUAACAAAGAAAGGCUUCAACUGCUCAAAUCUUCGUUGUUUCACUUUUAUGUCGGGAUGUAGCUCCUGGAAUUCUUUGAAACACUCUGUUUGAGUCUUUUCAAGGAUAUGCUUUGCGUGCUCCACAUACUCCUUUUUGCCAAUUCGUUGCCGCAUCUUGUCUCUUUUGGAUCCAGUGGGUCGACUUGCUUGUAGGGUCCAAAAAUCGUAGAUAACACGCUUAUCUUCUUCUUUAAUCGCGUCACACCUGACAUUUCUGUUUGUGCUCAACCAGCAGGCCUCAUCACCCUUCAAAACUCUUUCUCUAUGUUUGAUAGCUUUGGACACCUGGCUUCUUUUUACUCCCAUCAUCUUGGCAAUCCGUGUUUGGUGCUUGUUUUUUUUUUGACAGAAGAUCCAAAAGCCAAAGAGCGCGUACAGUUAUAAGCUGCUCUUUCAUCAGUCGACUUAGCUUUUUGACUUUGGACAAUCCUUCUGCCAAAUCUUCUACCAAACACUCCAUUGCUUCGAUAUUUUGUUGCUCCUCAACUGGUCUCACGAACUUCUUUUUUCAAGAAUCUUCCUUGUGCGAGGAGUACUUGCAAGGUUUUGAAGAAUUUCAGCCUUUUUGCGGGGUUUGAGGUAAGGCAGGGGACACCUUGUCCUUUGCACGUUUUUUUUUUUUUUCCUUGAACUAAAAGCUGGUGUGGUGAUGUUGACUUCAGGUUUCGGUUGCGCAAAUGAUGACUCUUUUCUAUUCUGACGAAGUUUUCGAACCCUUUCUCGAGUUUGCUGUCGCUUUUUCUCUUCCCUCUCUUUUCUCUUUGCUUCAAAACCUUCUUCUUGGUAGCUGAUGCAGCAUUCCGCUCACGGUUGGCUCUUUUGUCAUCAGCCUUUUGUGCAGAUGUGCGUGUUUUCACUGCGGCGACUGUCGCGUUUUUUUUCUUGCUUCGAAGCAAGCGCAUUCUUUCUCUUGCUUUUUGUGCAAGAACUUCUUUGUUUCUUUCAUAGUAUUCCCUUUGUUGUUUAAGCUUUUUUUCUUCUUUUUCUUUUCUCCAUUGAUCAGCAGAAUAUUUUUUGUUUUCCAUUGAAUAUUUCGCAAGCGAAGCGUGUAAAUUCUCGACGGAAGAAGUCACGCUAGGGAAGUCACGUUCUCUAGUAAUUUCCAGUCUCAAACGAUCGUUUGUUCAUGGGUGUAUAUCAAUUAAUUGUUGUAUACCCCCUCUAGAUGUAAUGUACAAGGUUGUUGUAAGCGAGGAAGAAGCGAAGUUUAGAUGCGAAGAUUUCUAAAACUGCCACUAUUUUGCGCGUGUAAACUGAUACACCAAUGCAAACAAUACUGUUCCAAGAUCGAAUAUGUUCGCGAUUCAAAAAAGACAUAAAUUUAGAUGUUAAAUUGAGUUAGAUUCGUGAACAUUUGGUACCGAUAGAAAGUUUAGAAUUUGAGAAUGACAGAUCUGCUAGUUGAAGAGCAAUUUCAUUUUAAGCGCGGCUAUCACAGACCUUUUUGGAGAUGAGGAUAAAUAAUUUUAAGGUAAAUUUUCUAUGCAUUUUAUGUGUUCGCGAUUCAGACUUUUUGGAUUUUUUACGCUGUCUUUGAAUUAAAUGGAAUAAAAAUUUGUAUACAGAAAAUAAAUCAUCUGAGAAUUAUUGUAUGUAUUUUUUAAACUGAUUUGAGCUUUUUUUGCGACAAAAUCUUGGUGACUAUGAAGUAUAGUACAAUAUUGUAUAAACAGCGUUACAUGUUCGGUCGCCGAGAAAAUUGUUUCGUAGCGCGAAUAUUACAAUUCAGUGUUCCAAUUUUAACUAUUUUAUUGAAAAGUCUAUGUUUCUAGUGUAUUUCUAAGUCAAAAUUAUUUUGAAAUUUUAAAUUUUUAAGUAAGAAAUUUUUGAAUAUGUUUGAUGCUUUGUCAGAUUAUGUUACGCGUUACAUAAGAAUUCGCCUCACUUUUCUGAAUACUAAAAUCCAUAAAAAAAUAAAUUCUUCCUCUAUUACCACGAUUUUUGGUUUAAUACAAAGAGGUUAACUAUAUCUAACAGGAUAUAUAAGUUUUAAAGUGUUUUGUUUGAAAUAUAUAUUUUUUUGCUCAAUAUGGUUUUCGUAAACAUGCUUUGCCACCCUGGAUCGUGCUACUGAUCUGCUGCUAUCACUGUACACUGUGAGUUUCCUUGCUCUUAUUUACUAUAAUUUAUCAGUAAUCAUUAUUCAUGUGAGGAAAAAUUAUCUUACAUAAAUUUCGUUUUCAUGGAUGUUAACAAUCAACUGGUAAGUGCUUUAUCCAGAUAAAAAUGUUAUAAUCCACAGGAGCAAGCUGCUUCAUACAAAAAUUGUUUGAGAUACAUGUAAUUUGAGUACUUUUUAUUAGAAUUCUUGAACAGAGUUUGUCUCCUGAUUCUUCAAAACAUGCUUUGUUCUAAAAAUGAAGGUAGUGCGUUUAAGUUCUGAUAAUAAACUUAAGAUUUUUAUUUUUAUUUUUAAUAUUGGUGAUGUUCAGUGUUUUUAAACUGUAUAUGUUACCACUGUAUGAAAUGAAUUAACACAUAAAAAGGUUUAGAAGCAUAUAUUAGAACAUCCAUGAAUGAUUGUUGGUGUUCAUAACAAAAAAGUACAAGGCAACACAGUAUUUGUUUUGAGAAUGUAUCAUCUUCUACAGUAUAUGGAGUAAAAUAGGCUAUACUCUUCACAGAAAGAAGCAGUGAUUUUGACAAGUACAUCUGGUACAAGUUCAGCCAAGCUUUAUUUUAAUCACCAAAACACUGUAUGUGAACUGUAACUGGUGUAAAAUAAAAUAAUACUACUUUGAAUAGAUUAAAACUUUUUAUAUCCUAAGAGGGUUAUUGAGUAGCUUUAAUGAACAGAUAUAAACACAAAUGUUUCUAAACAAUAUUAAAACAUGUUUUGAUAUAACUUUAGUAUAGAGACUACCAUAACAAGCCUCAGAGUUUUUCUGAAAUUAAUUUUCAGUUUAUCUAAGGACAAACUUAAUCUUUGAUGAAUUACUUAAAAACUUGUAGAGAACCCCUAUGUUGGUGGUUAGGAUGUUCAAAUACCUGUUGCUCUAUAGUUGAGUAUAUUGACCCCCUGCAUUUCCAUGAAUGGAUGUCUGAGGCAAGUCACGUUUGCAGUUGAAGCAACUGUGUACAUUAUGUAGAAUGUUUGAGAGAUUUUCUACUUACACAGCUUGGUGUCAGGCUAUCAAGGUAAAUUUACAAUUCACUGCUAAGCCCCUAAAAGGAAUUAAUUGCUUUGCUGGAAUCUGUUCAGCCCAGGUGGGUCAUAUUUUCUAAAGGAAGUAAUUACUUCAUAAGCAAUUUUUCAUACUUAACAUUUACUUAAAAGAUCAACCUCAAGACUCCACAAACUUUUCUUUUUUGUGGACAACAUUCCAAGCUGCAUCUGUACAAAAGGGAGUGUUCCCUUGCUUGAGAGAGUUGCUUUGGAGAUGUUACACUAAUUUACAUGGAGGUGUACUUUCUUGCUACUUUAAUACACAAUUAUUUUAGGGUGGGGGGCUUUUGAAUAUCCCUUUUCUUGGUAAAGAUAGUGAUUGUUGUUGUUGUUGACCUUAUUUCAGAUGCAGCAGAAAUUUUCUUUGCUCCCAAAAACAAGACAGUCCUGGAAUAUGACAAUGUUACUUUCUUCUGUAAUGCAUCAAGUAAUCCACCCUCCCAGAUUAUCUGGACCCAAGAGGGAAACAGUACGGUUCUGCAUAAAGGAGAAACCUUUGUCAUUAAAAAUGUCUCAAGAAAACUUAAUGGACAGGAAUACAAAUGUAGGACAUGGAACAAUGUCACCAAAAAUAUGGAAGCAUAUGCUCAACUCACUGUUCAUUGUGAGUAUUAAAUGACUCUCUCAUGAUAUCCAAGAAUUUAAAAUUAGAUAAGAUGGUACAAUGUAAAAACGAAAGCAACAUUAUCAUGCAAUGGAACUGGUAAUCUAUCACCUCAAACAGCCUGGACAAAGUCUGGGAAGGUUCUGGUGACAGACAAUGUUAAUGUUAUAAGGGCAUGAAACAGAACUCAGGCUGGAAGAUACCAGUGUAUGGCUUGGAAUGGAAUCAUGAGAAAUGAGACUUUGAACUGUAGCAUUGAUGUUCACUGUAAGUUAAUUGACUACCUUGAAUUUAAUAGCAGAAUCUCUUUCUGUACACAUACUUGGAUGAAUGUUAAACUUUUGCAAGUAUACAUUCAAACACUCAUUUUUUAUUUGAUUUUGCGGUGUAAGUUAAUUGACUACCUUGAAUUUAAAGCAGUCUUUUUUGCACAUAUACUUAGCUGAAUAUUAAAGUUUUGCCAGUCAACAAAGACUCAUUUUUAUUUGAUUUUGCCAUCCAAAAGAUCCUUCAACAUCAACCAUGAUAACAACUGUUCCAACAAACACUACAGUGCUACAUGACAGUGCUGUGUUACUGACCUGUAAUGCAGAUGCCAACCCCACUGUCCAUACUUAUCAUUUGUACUUUAAUGGCAACCUUAUUGGUAACAGCAGCUCUGGUGUGUUUAACAUCAGUGUGAAGGAAGAUGGAGAGUACACUUGUGUUCCUGUCAACAGUUUAGGUGCAGGAAGUAAUACUAGUCUGAGCAUCACUUCUGUUGGUGAGUGUGAUGUCUGAUUUUUUUAGUUGAAAUAAGUCAUUAUGAAGUUGAGAUAAAUGGUGGUCAUAAAUUAUUUUCAUAUGGGGUUAUUAGUUUGUCUAAGCCACUAAGGUUCAUGCGAAUACUUAGUUUGGGAUAUAUGUCGUUGGUGAAAUUAUUAGGGCAAAUUUUGAGUGAACCCUUUUGUUUUCAAAACCAAGGAUGUUCUUGAGGUACAAAGGUGACGUAAAGGAACUUUUAAAUUUUUUUUAUACCAUAUCCUAAGAAUGAUCUUAUUUAGUUUCCAUUUAAAGGAUUUGGGGAUUUUAAACAUACAAGGUUUACUAAAAGGGUAUGGGUAACAACUGGUUAGGGUUUACAUCAGUGCAUUACUGAUAUAUAAGUACUGUGGUUUGGGUUUUGGUUGUAGUGGUGUGUUUAUUGCCAAAAACAUUUAAAGAUGAUGUGUACUUUGACAUAUCCUAAUUUACUUGUAAGUUCUAAUGUCAUGUUUGUAGUAAUUGCAAAAGAUCAAUGUACUCAUUAACACUCCCAAACCGAUGUUUGAAAGGUAUGCUGGCUUUCAGAGGCUAAUUGUGCAUCCCUAAAAGUCAAGAAACAAAAUUUGUAAAGUCACAAAACAAGGCAAAUUUUUUAUUGAAAUUCCUGCUAAAACCCACACUCUAACAUUUGUCAACUGGCUUAUUCAGUAGCUAGCUAAAUUAUGAAUCCUCUGAGCUACAGAUUCAGCAUUUUGUAGAUAGAAAUUGAGGAACUCGCAUUCGUUUGCCAUUUGAUAAUGGCUGACAUUGUGCCUUUAAUAUGUCUUGAAUUCAUGGAUGAAGAUGCAGCCAUGUCUCCUAAGUUGCAUUAUUCUAGAGCAGUAUGAGAUGAUUGUAUGCAUUAUGUUACAAUUUUAGUGGCUCCAUCAGUGGAUGUGUCAAUCUCUGUAAUGGUUACAAGAGAAGGCAGUAACAUUUCAUUGAGCUGUAAUGUAUCUGGUAAACCUGAACCCAGCAUAUCAUGGACAAGAAUUGGUAGUUUGGAUGUUCUCUCUGUUUCACCAUCACUAACUAUCGUGAAUGUGAGCAGACCUGGGACAGCAGACAACAUGAUCCAGUAUCAAUGUACAGCUAGUAAUGGAGUGGAGACACCUGCUACAGCUACAGUCAAUGUUACUAUAGAAUGUAAGUGGAAAUUGCAGUGAAGAGGGAAUUUUAUAUUAGAAAUGAAAAGAACACUAUAUAGCUUGAAAUUGUUAUUUGUGUUAAGCAUUCUGAUCUCUGGGAAGACAAUUUGUGAUUGAAAAUGUAUCUGAAAUCAGCUUGCUCUGUAUUUGUUCCAAAGUCAAACUCUCCAACACUAUGUACAAAUAUACAAGUUAUGGUUAGUAAAAGCAUUUAUAUUUGAUAAUAGAAGGGGGGGGGGGAGGAGGGAAGUAGCAGGAUGGUUCACUGUGACAAACUUGGUGGCUAAUCUCACUAUUUCGAAAGCAAUUUUACUCUGAAGCAUUUUCACUUGGUGUUUUUUCACAUUAUAUUUUGACUCCCACUCAUACAUGUGGGACAGAUGGGAUCCUGCUUAGCUUGCCUGAAAUCUCAGGUGGGAGAUGGAAUUUAUGUUGGAUAACCUUGAGUCUGGCAUGAGGGAAAUAGAAUCAUGUAGUUGCAUAUUCUCAUUAGUAAUUAAAUUUAGAAGAAUAAACAGAAUGAUACCUGAUGAAAUGAUAAUUCACUGACUUGUUCAAGGAAGAGUCAAGACAUGAAACAAAGACAUAAACUUAGAUAAUAUUUUUGGUUUACAUGUAUCUUUGAGUUUACAGCUUUGUUUGCAUAAAUUCUUCAACAAGCUAAUUUAAGGAUUUUUAUUGCAAUUCCUUUUCUGAUAGGAAUAGUAAUAAGGUUAUACUACUCUGUAAUAUAUAGAUGAACAUGUCUUUGCAGAUCCACCGCAUCCUUUUAUACAACAUUGCCCCAGUCCAGUAACUGAAGGAGGUAAUGUGACAUUAUACUGCAAUGCAACUGGUAAUCCAUCACCUCAAACAGCCUGGAUAAAGUCUGGAAAGGUACUGGUGACAGACAGUGUUCAUGUUAUUAGAGGAAUUAACAGAAGUCAGGCUGGAAUAUACCAGUGUAUGGCUUGGAAUGGAAUCAUGAGAAAUGAGACUUCGAACUGUACCAUUGAUGUUUACUGUAAGUUUAUUGACUACCUUGAAUUUAAUAUGAGAGUCUAUUUCUGUACAUAUACUUUGCUGAAUGUUUAAGUUUUGCCAGUCUACAAUAACUAAUUUGUGAUUUGAUUUUGCUGUCCAAAAGAUCCUCAAACAUCAACCAUGAUUACAACUGUUCCAACAAACACUACAGUGCUACGUGACAGUGCUAUGUCACUGAGCUGUAAUGCAGAUGCCAACCCCAGUGUCCAUACUUAUCAUUUGUACUUUAAUGGCAACCUUAUUGGUAACAGCAGCUCUGGUGUGUUUAACAUCUCUGUGAAGGAAGAUGGAGAGUACACUUGUGUUCCUGUCAACAGUUUAGGCGUGGGAAGUAAUACUAGUGUGAGCAUCACUUCUGUUGGUGAGUGUGAUGUCUGAUCUUUUGGUUGAAAUAUGUUAGGAAGUAAGUAACAACUUUAUUUAAAAAGGGUGGCACAUAACAGUAGAACUGAUAAACUAGUGGCUCUCUAUCUUAAAUUAAUAUUAAAUUACUAAUUAAAAUAGAUCCAGGAUAUUAAAAAAUAAGAAUAUUAUUAAAAUGUUAAAAUUUAAAAAACAUUUUAAAACUUUCAAAUUUAAAAAUAUGCAAAAUAUGUAAAAAAAUUUUAAAAUGAGGAGAGAUAUGUACAUAAGGGAGAAACUGGGAUUUAAGGGGUGAUAAGACACUAAUUGAUCUAAUAAAGCUAAGUAUUUCUAGAUAAAAAUCUUUCAGACAGAAGAUUUAAAAGCGCAAAUGGACUCUAUAUUGUGAAUAUAAGUCAUUAUGAAUUUAGAUAAAUGGUGGUCAUGACAUCUUUUGAUAUGAGGUUAUUAGUUUGUCUAAGCCACUAAGGCUCUCAACAAUAGUCAGUGUAGGGUAUAUGUUGUUGGGAAUAUUAUUAAGACAAAAUUUUGAGAGAACCAUAUUUUUUUUCACAACCAAGGUUGUUCUAUAGGUACAAAGAUGAUGUAAAAGAACUUUUACAUUUUUGUCCAUACCCUAUUCUGUUAAUGAUGUUAUUUAGUUUUCAUAGAAGGGAUUGGGGGAUUGGGGGAUUUUAAAUAUCUAAGGUUAACAAAAAGGGUGAGGGUAACAACUGCUUAGGGUUUACAUUAGGGCAUUACUUAGAGGUAAGUACAGUGGUUGGGUUUUUGUUACAGUGGUGAGUUUGGGGCGAAAAACAUUUUUAAGAUGUUGUGCACUGAUCUAUCCUAUUUUUCAUGUACAUUCAAAUGUCAUGGUUUUAAGGAUUGAAAAAGAUCAAUGUACUUGUUAACACUCACAAACUCAUGUUUAAAAGGUAUCCUGGCUUUCAAAGGCAAAUUCUGCAUCCUUAAAAGUAAAAAAAACAUAAUUUUUAAAGUCAGGAAACAUAGCAAUUUUGUAAAAAUUCCUGUUAAAAGCCACAUUCUAACGUUUGUCAACUGAAUUAUUCCUUAGCAAGCCAAAUUGUCAAUCAUUUGAGCUAAAGAUUGAGCAUUUUUUGUUAAUAAAAAUGAGGAACUCUCAUUCUUUUACCAUUUGAUAGUGGCUGACAAUGUUCCUUGAAAUAUGUCUUAAAUUCAUGGAUAAAAAUGCAGCCAUAUCUCCUGAGUUACAUUAUUCUAGAGCAAUAGAAGAUGAUUAUAUCCACUACAUUACAAUUUUAGUGGCUCCAUCAGUGGAUGUGUCAAUCUCUGUGAUGGUUACAAAAGAAGGCAAUAAUAUUUCAUUGAAGUGUAAUGUAUCUGGUAAACCUGAACCCAGCAUAUCUUGGACAAGAAUUGGUAGUUUGGAUGUUCUCUCUGUUUCACCAUCACUAACUAUUGUGAAUGUGAGCAGGCCUGGGACAGUAGACAACAUGAUCCAGUACCAAUGCACAGCUAGUAAUGGAGUGGAGACACCUGCUACAGCUACAGUCAAUGUUACUGUAGAAUGUAAGUGA